GCGACCUUUGACCCCGAAGCCCCGCCCCUUCCGCCGCGUGCUCUGUGGCCGGAGCUGAACGGCGCGGCCGCGGCACCGGGGACACCGGGCACGGACACCGGGGACACCGGCACCGGCACCGCGGCGGGGAGCGCAGGCCGCCGCCAUGUCGUCCGCCUUCAGGAAGGCCGCCAAGUCGGGGCAGCGCCAGCACCGCGAGCGGGCACAGCCCGCCGCGCGGAAGAAGCUGGGCCUGCUGGAGAAGAAGAAGGACUACCGGCUCCGGGCAGAUGACUAUCGCAAGAAGCAAAAUGCCCUCAGGGCGCUCCAGAAGAAAGCUCUGGACAAGAAUCCUGAUGAGUUCUACUUUAAAAUGAUACGCACGCAGCUCCGGGAUGGAGUUCAUGUAAUAAAGCAGCCGAAGAAUGAAGCGACUCCCGAACAGAUGAAGUUGAUGAGGACACAGGAUAUUAAAUAUGUGGAAAUGAAAAGAGUGGCAGAAGCCAAGAAAAUCGAGAGGCUGAAGUCGGAGCUCCAUCUCCUGGAUGCUGAGGGGAAGAGUCCCAACAAGCACGUGUUCUUCUUGGACACCAAAAAAGAAGUUCAGGAGUUUGAUCUUGCAACUCAUCUGGAUACUGUUCCGGAGCUCGUGGACAGAGUGUACAACCGACCGACCAUCGCAACGUUGCAGAAGGAGACACUGAAAGGAGCUACUGAUCCUGCCCACUUAAAGAAAUUAGCCCAGCAAAGGAAGAAUCAGUACGACCUCCUGAAGCAGCGCAUUGAGAGAGAAAAGGCCAUGUUUGUCGUCGCGCAGAAAAUCCAAACACGUAAAGAUCUUCUGGACAAAACUCACAAAGUAAAAGUGAAGAAAGAGACAACAAAUGGUCCGGCUAUCUACAAAUUCAAAUUUCAGCGGAAACGUUAGCCAUUCCGUUCAAUAUGUUACCGUCUCUGCUUAGAAAGAAAGAGAAUUCUCCUUCUGAAGGGCGGAUAGCACCGCACCGGUUUGUUUGCCACUGCAGCCUAGCACUUUGUUAGAACAAAUUACCGUCGGCCUGCGAUAGCCAUAAAUAUAUUGUAUCUAAUUAAUUGAUUAAUAAAUCAGUUUGUUCUCUUGGUA